AUGGGUAAUAAUCCUUAAAAACCAGACAGAUUAAAGUAGAUAUAAGGAUAUUAAGUUAAUGUUUCUGAUGAAGAAUAAUCAGAAAAACAUUACUAAACAGGAAAUUAAUUUCUUUAAAACGAAGAUUAUGAUAAAGCAAAAGAAUUUUUUUAGUAGUCUUUGAGAUAUAAUCCUAAAAAUGUAAAGGUUUUAACAGCUUUAUGCCAGUAAUAUAGAAGGGAUAAUAAAAUUUAUGAUGCAUUUUAAUGUGUGUUAAAUAAAACAUUGAUUGAAAAUGGUUUUGAAGAUUAAAUUGAUGAUAAAAGAGCUCACUAGUUAAGCAGGAUAGUAAGCUUAGCUACUGAUUUUAACAAUGACGACUCAGAGUAAUUGAAAGUUCAACCCCAAAAACAGUUGGAUUUUGCCAAAAAAUAUUUUAUAUUAAACAAAGCUUUAAUAGAAAUACUACCAAUAAUGAAGGAUGAUUUUGAGAAUAUUAUUUAGCAAAUGAAUAUAAAUAAUAAUAAAUUUGAGCUUAUGUUUUUUAUAGAGUAAUAUAAGGAAAGAUUUGGAUAAUUAUUACAUGAAAAAGAGCUUCUUCUAAUUGAUUUAUAUAAUCUAUACGGAUUUCAUUAAAAGUUAUUAAAUUUAUAUCUGAAUUAGUUAAAAUAGUAACCUAAUGAUAAAUAAGUACUAGAAAAAAUAAUUCAAUGUUAUGAAUAGCUAAAAAACAAAUAAAAAGUAAAUGAAUAUAAAUCUCAACUUCAAAAAAUGUCAGAAUAAACUAACUCAACUCAAUGA